AUGAAGGUCUCAAGCUUCCUCACCACUCUGUCCCUCUUCGCAGGCGCCAUCGCCGAAGCCAUUGAGCUUCCUGCUGGCGUGCCUCGCAGCGUUGAGGAGUUCCGAGCCAAGCACCCUUACGAGAACCCUGUCAAGCGAAGCCAUCGCAAGGUGGUCACCAUCCGCGCCAGCAAGAACGACAAGGAUGAUAUCUCUGCCGAGUUCUACAAGGGCAUCAAGAAGGCCAACAACGGAGGUACUCUUCAUUUGCCAAAGGGCAAGACCUUUGUGAUUGGAAAGCCUCUUGAUCUUACUUUCCUGAACGAUGUGCACGUUCACCUUGAUGGAGAGAUCAAGUUCACCAAUGAUACUGCUUACUGGCAGAAGAAUGCUUUCACGCAUCCUUUCCAGAACUCUAUCAUGUUCUGGAAGUGGGGCGGUGAGAAGAUCAAGAUCUACGGAAAGGGCGUUCUGAACGGUAACGGCCAGAGAUGGUGGAACGAGUUCGCCGGCAAGGAGAUUCUCGACAAGGAUAACGCCUACCUCCGACCCAUCCUCUUCUACGCCCAGAAUGCUACUGGUCUUGAUAUCCAGGGCAUUCACUUCAAGGACUCUCCCUGCUGGACUAACUUUGUCGUUACCUCCAAGGACAUUUCUUUCACGGAUAUCGUUACCACUGCUCGCUCUACCAACGCUACUGCCCUUCCCAAGAACACUGACUUCUUCGACUCCCUGAACGUCGAGAAGGUCAAGGUUGAGCGUGCCUGGAUCGACAUUGGUGACGAUUGCUUCUCCCCCAAGAGCAACGCCUCUGACAUCCACGUUGACACCAUGUACUGCAACGGUACCCAUGGUCAGUCCAUUGGUUCGCUCGGCCAGUACAAGGGCGAGUUCUCCUACGUCAAGGACGUCCUCAUUGAGAACCUCUGGAUGCUCAACGGUCAGCACGCCUCUCGUCUCAAGACCUGGGCUGGUCCUGAUGUUGGUUACGGUUUCAUCGACAACGUGACUUUCCGCAACUUCUACGGCGGUAACAACGAGUACACUGCUUUCAUCGACUCUUGCUACUUCAACAUCGACGCCGAGACUUGCAACAAGUAUCCUUCCCAGAUGAACAUUUCCAACAUUCUCUUUGAAAACUUCACCGGUUACAGCUCCGGCAAGCGAGGUAACGUCGUUGCCAAGCUGACAUGCUCAGACAGCAAGGAUGCUGUUUGCGAAAACAUCAAGUUCAAGAACUUUGACAUCAAGACUCCUUGUGGUGGAGAGCCUGUUAUUCUUUGUGAUGGUGUCAAGGAUAUUGGUGUCGACUGUGUUAGUGCUACCAGCACUGAGGGCAAGGCUGCUUUGGCGAACAAGUGCGUUGGCCCUGCGGCUACUGUCAGCCCUUUCAAGGUCAGAAAAUUCAACGGUUAA